AAGUUAACUUUUCCUCCGGGUCCAGUCGUGCGGUGGUCAUGGCUUCGCAGCGGACUCUCCGGGCCGCGCUGCUCCUGGCGGGGCUGCUCGUGGCUCCCCUGUGGCCGCCCUGCGCCGCCACUUGCCCGGAGAAAAAGCUGGAGGACCGGGAGGAGGAAGCCAACGUUGUCCUGACUGGAACCGUGGACGAAAUCUUCAACGUGGACCCGGUGCACAACUCCUAUUCAUGCAAGGUCAGAGUGUGGCGUUACCUGAAAGGGAAGUCCGCCAUCAGCCGUGAGAUCCUCCUGGAUGGAGGCAACAAACUGACGAUCGGCGGGUUCGGGAAUCCUCGCAUCUGUGACAACCAAGUGGCCACAGGCGACACUCGCAUAUUUUUUCUCAACCUCGCCCCGGAGUCCGUGGGGCCGGACCACAAGAAUGAACUGAUGCUCAACUCAAGCCUGAUGAGGAUUACUCUUCGCAACCUGGAGGAAGUGGAGAACUGCGUUCAAACUCACAAAUACAUUGUUGCAGACAAACCACCGCUCUUCACUCCGCAUCCACCCCAGCCUCUUGAUGGCUGCAGAGGAAUGCUGUGUGGCUUUGGGGCGGUGUGCGUGCGGGACCCCAACGACCCAGCCAAGGCCAAGUGUGAUUGCUCGAAUUUCAAAUGUCCGUCCAUGGUGGCUCCUGUUUGCGGCUCUGACUCCUCCACCUACUUCAACGAGUGUGAGCUGGAGAAGGCUCAGUGCGAUGCACAGCGAAGGAUCAAGGUGCAGCGCAGGGGACCCUGCACUCUGAAAGACCCCUGCACGGAGGUGACCUGCAGCUACGGCAGCACCUGCGUCCAGUCGUCGGACGGCCUGUCGGCUAAAUGCGUGUGCCCCCUGAGCUGCGACGGCAAGGCCGGCGAGACGGUGUGCGGCAGCGACGGCAAGGACUACGCCAACCGGUGCGAGCUCCACCACCACGCGUGCAAGAACCAGAAGAACAUACGAGUGCAAUACAACGGAGCCUGCGAUGAAGCGUGCACCAACUGCUCCUUCGGGGCGAUCUGCGACGCCCAGAGCAGACAGUGCGUGUGCCCGUCGGAGUGCGUCGACUCGCACCAGCCCGUGUGCGGCAGCGACGGCACCACCUACGACAGCGAGUGCGAGCUAAAUGUGCGGUCCUGCAGAGAGCAGCGGGAGCUGCGGGUGGUCAGCCAGGGAGAGUGCAAGACGUGCGGCGACACCGUCUGCGGCUGGGGUGCCCGGUGUGUGGAGAAAGAGUGCGAGUGCCCGCAGUGCACGGGCGAGGCCGGCUCCCCGGUGUGCGGCGCUGACGGCAUCACCUACGACAGCGAGUGCGAGCUGCUCAGGGCCUCCUGCACGCAGAGGAGGAAAAUUGACGUGGCGAAGCCCGGCAGCUGCGAGGAAGAAUGUGGCUCUGGGGCGUCUGGCUCCGGCCUGGAGAGCUGCGAACAGGAACGCUGCACCACGCAUGGCGGCCUGUGGGACGAGGACGCAGAGGAUGAACGCUGCAUCUGCAGCUUUGACUGCGACAGUGUGCCACAAAACCAGGUCUGCGGCUCGGAUGGGAAAACGUACCCGAACGAGUGCGAGCUAAAGAGUGCCAGAUGUUCGGAAAAGAGACACUUGUUGAUCCAGAGUCAGGGAGCCUGUGCAGCCACCUCGGAGGAUCAAGCUACGGCGCCGACUGAGCUGACGGCACCCCAGCACUGCAGCCUGUCUCCGUACGGCUGCUGCUCCGACAACGUCACCGCCGCUUUAGGAGUCGAACAGGCCGGAUGUCCCAGUACCUGUCAGUGUAACGUCCACGGCUCCUACAAGGGCACGUGCGACCCGACCACCGGGCAGUGCUCCUGUAAGCCGGGCGUCGGCGGACCCAAGUGCGACCGCUGCGAGCCGGGCUACUGGAACUUCCGCGCCAUCGUCACAGAGGGCAUGAGCGGCUGCACGCCGUGCAGCUGCGAUCCCACGGGCUCGGUCCGGGAUGAUUGCGAGCAGAUGUCGGGCCUGUGCUCCUGCAAGGCGGGCGCGAAGGGCUUGAAGUGCAACAUGUGCCCAGACGGGAGCAAGAUGGGCAUGAAUGGCUGCGACAACGGACCCGACGCCCCAAAAUCAUGCGAGGAGCUGGUGUGCAGCUUUGGCGCAACUUGCAUCGAGGAAAGCGGCCAAGCCCACUGUCAGUGCCCGCCGCCUGACUGCGACUUAAGAAACAAAACAAAGGUGUGCGGCUCAGAUGGGGUGACCUACGCUGACCAGUGCCAGCUGAGGACCAUAGCCUGCAGGCAGGACAAGGACGUUACGGUGCAACACUUUGGACAGUGCACAGAAACCAUCUCUGAAACGGCAGAGCGACCCACCCCCAACCCUCCCGCCACCACCACCACCACCACCACCGCCACCACCACCACCCCCGCCCCCUUUAACACCAACAUGGUGCACGGCAUCCCGCCUCCGAUGACGGACCGGUCGGAGUCCAUCGAGCAGCCCCCUCUCGCCACGCGCAGCGGCCCCGUCCCCGCCACGCUCGCCCCCGUCCCGCCCGAGGGCUCGGGCAGCGGCGAUCCCAGCGGCGACGAGGAAGACGAGGAGAAGGACGGGCGGGACGACGAUAUCGGUAGCGGCGUCCAGUCAGAGGCCAGCGGGGCAAACGAGACCGGCGGUGCCCCGUUGGCGAGCGCUGCUGCUCCCACUCCUGAGGAGAGGUCCUCCUGUGACAACACAGAGUUCGGCUGCUGUCCCGAUGGCAAGACCCCGUCCAGCACCCCAGAGGGCACCAACUGCCCCCCCUUCUAUGCCACAGCCAGCUUUUGGGAUGAGUCUGGAUCUGCCACCAUGAAGUUCUCGGGCUUCCUGCACCUCGACCAGGUGGACGGCCAGGAGAUUUUCUACACCCCAGAGAUGGAGGACCCAAAGUCCGAGCUGUUUGGAGAGACGGCCCGCAGCAUCGAGAGCGCGCUCAAUGAGAUGUUCAGGCAGUCACAGGUGCACGACGACUUCAUGGGAGUCCGGGUCCGUCAACUGGCGCCGAGCGGCUCCAUCCUGGCCUUCGUGGAGGCCCAUUUCAGACCAGACACCAGAUAUAAGGUGGAGGACAUCGAGGGAGCGCUGCUGAAACAGCUAAAGGCUUCCAAAGACACCAGCAUCUCUGUGAAGAAGCCCACGGCGGAGAAUAUUCGCCUCACUAAUUAUGGUCUGUCCACCAUCCCGUUGUUCACCACUACCACCACCACCGCCGCCGCCGCCGUCACCACCGCCGUCCCCGUCACCACCCCCAGGCCCCGGGCCACCUCCCCCUACGUCACACGUCGCCCACCAGGGUUCACCCGCAGGCCCGCCGGCAGCAGACGCACCACCACCACGGCUGCGCCGCUCCCGAAGACGCUCCGUACCACCGCCGCCACGCCCAUCAUCAGCACCACCUCCCAGCCGCCCGCCACGACCCGGAGGGGGUCUCAGCACAAGACCCUAAAACCCUGCGACUCCCACCCGUGCCUCCACGGGGGGACCUGCGAGGACGACGGCAACGACUUCAGCUGCAAGUGCCUCGCUGGGCGAGGGGGGGCGGUGUGUGAGAAAGUGAUCAAGUACUUCAUCCCAUCAUUUGGAGGCCAGUCCUACUUGGCCUUCCAGACGAUGAGCGCGUACCACACGGUCCGGAUCGCCAUGGAGUUCAGGGCGUCCGAGAUGAACGGCCUGCUGCUCUACAACGGCCAGAUGAACAAGAAGGACUUCAUCUCCCUGGCUCUGGUCAACGGCAGGGUGGAGCUCAAGUUCAACACUGGAUCGGGAACCGGCACGGUGGUCAGCAAGGUUCAGAUCAGCCAGGGCCGCUGGCAUCAGCUGGUGGUGACGCGCAGCCGGAGAAACGCCAUGCUCAGCGUGGACGCCGAGCCGCACGUCCAGGGCGAGAGUCCCCCGGGCACGGACGGCCUCAACCUCGACACCCCGCUGUUCAUCGGAGGGGUGGCGGACGACCUCAAGCAAGACGUUCGGGAGCGGACCGGGGUCACCUCGGGUCUGGUGGGCUGCAUCCGCAUGCUGGACGUCAACAACCGAAUGCUCAACAUUCAGGAGAGAAGCACCGACAGUCAGUUUGGCGUGGGAGUGGGCGAAUGCGGCAACAACCCCUGCCACCCGAACCCCUGCAGGAACGGCGCCGAGUGCCAGGUCAAAGAGGCCGAGAUGUUCCACUGCAAGUGUGGCAGCGGAUUCUGGGGUCCAACAUGCGCUGACGUCCAUGACCCAUGCGAGCACAGCAAGUGCCACAGGAGCUCCCCGUGCAAGGCGCUCCCCGAAGGAGGCUAUAAAUGCGAGUGUCCCAUGGGGCGUGAAGGAAAGCACUGCGAGAGAGUGACUGAGAGGAGAGGGGCUUACAUGCCUCUGUUCAGCGGAGACUCGUACCUGGAGCUGAAGGGGCUUGAUAAAUACGGGCCCGAUCCAGGUCAAAAGUUCAGCAUGACGGUGGUUCUCAUGGCCAACAACUCCAACGGUCUGAUCUUCUACAACGGACAAAAGUCGGACGGGAAGGGCGACUUCAUCUCUCUGUCCCUGAACGACGGGUUCCUGGAGUUCCGCUACGAUCUGGGAAAGGGACCGGCUAUUAUCAGGAGUAAGAACCCAAUGAAGCUGAAGAUAUGGAACACCAUUGACCUGGAGCGCUCCUUCCGUAAAGGAGAGAUCAUGGUGAACAAGAAGGACGCAGUUCGGGGAGAAUCACCAAAAUCACGCAAGAGCGAGCACACGGCUCUCAACCUGAAAGAGUCGCUCUUCGUCGGCGGAGCUCCCGAUUACAGCAAACUGGCAAGAGCGGCCGCGCUCACGGAGGGAUUCAAGGGGACGAUCCAGAAGAUCAUGCUGAUGAGCACCCCCAUCCUCAGGGAGGAGAACGUCCUGAACUCCAGCAACAUAGCCAUGUUCCGUGGCCACCCGUGCUUCAGAGAGCCCUGCCAGAACGGCGGCCGCUGCACGCCUCAGCUGGACGUCUACGAGUGCUCCUGCCCUCCUGGUUUCUCAGGGGACAACUGUCAGACCACCAUCCACGAAAAGUCCGCCGGAGAGACCGAGGCCAUCGCCUUCGACGGACGCACGUUCAUCGAGUAUCACAACGCCGUCACAAGGAGCCAACUGACCAAUGAGAUCCCAGAUCCCGAGUCUCUGGAGAACCCAUCUGACCAGAGUGAAAAGGCUCUGCUGGUGAACAAAUUCGAGCUGAGCAUCCGGACCGAGGCCACCCAGGGCCUGCUGCUCUGGAGCGGGAAGGGCGUGGAGCGUUCCGACUACAUCGCGCUGGCCAUCGUGAACGGCCACGUCCAGAUGACCUACGACCUGGGCUCUAAGCCCGUCGUGCUGCGCUCCUCCGUGCGCGUCGACACCAACCGCUGGAUACGCAUCAAAGCCAGCAGGGCGCUUCGAGACGGCUCUCUACAGGUGGGCAACGAGGCAGCGGUGACAGGGUCGUCUCCCUUACGAGCCACGCAGCUGGACACGGAUGGGGCCCUCUGGUUAGGUGGUCUGGAGGAGCUGGCCGUGGCCCGUCGGUUGCCCAAGGCCUACAGCACCGGCUUCGUCGGCUGCAUCAAGGACGUGGUGGUGGACGGCAUGGAGGUCCACCUGGUGGAGGACGCCUUAAACAGCCCUAAAAUAUUACACUGUUCCGCUGCCAAAUAGCCAGGAAGAAAGAAAGCACUGCGCGAACGGAGAAAAAAAAAAACAAAAAACAAAACAAGAAACCCUCCCACCUGCUCCCUCCAUAACGCCCAUGUCUCCUGCUGUAAUUAUUUUCUAUUUUUGUAUACUUUUCAUUGCUUUUUAUAUGGGGAAAUAAUAUGUUUUACAUUUUUGUUUGAAUUUUUUUUUUUUUUUUUUUGCCAUUUUCUUCCUGCAUCAACACUUCCACUCCACAGUUUAUAGUCUUUCAGUUUUAUUUUCCUCUUAAAAAAAAAAAAUAAAAAAUCAGGCGUAUUUGUGGGAAAAGCUAUUUUCUUUCUAUUGAUUUCGUUGUCCCCUUAACAAAAACAUCACCUUUUCUUUUUAUUUGUCGCUCAUUACUUGAACCCCUGUGGACCUCGGUUCUAAUCUCUGGUUAUUGCCUUGUCUUGGUGCCAUAUCAGCCAACCACACCCCCCCCCCCCCCCCCAAGCAUGGCCCGUACAUACAUGUAGGGACGUACAUUCCCCGUUCGGGGGCCGGGGCACCGCGUGUGCUGCGUCCAGCAGCCGUAGACUUCACCCCCCCCCCCCCCGUACCUCGGUGUUAUUCAGUCCGCUAUAUUUUCCUAAUGAAAUAUCAAAUAAGCUGCUACAGUGAGUAAGUGCACUGUCAAGCCACUCGAUCAACUCCCAUCUCACAGCUUCAGAGAAAGAUAGUUAAAAACACUCUCCAGUCGACCCCCAUCAGAGCCUUUAGUUUUGAAAUAUGACUAACACCGCAGCGCCGACGUGACGGAGAGAGCUGUGCGCCCCACAAUGGCUCCCAUAUCAUUAAUCAUGAAUCAUAGAUAACCAUAAAUGUUAUAAAUAUAGACUAUAUAUAAAUAAUACCUAAGACUGUGAAUAUGUAAGAUGGGUUCUCUUCUGAGACUUGUGCUUUUUCAUGUACUGUUGUGCGUUCUGUUCUACAAUCAGCAGAUGAACUAAUGUUGACCACUAUAAAUGCAUGCACUUCUGCAGUGUUGGUUCGAAUCUGGGCUUUUGUUUGUUUAUUUACAUCCUGUUUAGGAGGGGGGAAAAAAGAGGAUAAUCUAAUUUGAGAAAAAUGUUUUUUAUUAUUAUUAUUAUUACUAUUAUUAUUCAUUGAUGUGAUUGCAGAAAGUACAGGAUUGGGAACUAUGCUUUAAGUUUUAAGCAUUUUUGGUUUUGGUCUUUGGUGUUCUGUUUUUUUUUUUUUUUCUUUUUUUUUUUUUCCUUGGGAGCAGUUAGUUUUGCAGGAAAUCGUACGAGUUGUUACCGUAUCUGACCUUAAGGAGGCGCUGAAAGCAAAGGCUGAAGAAAAAAAAGAGAGCCGCAGACAGACAAAGAGAAGGAAGCAAGAGGAGCGCUUAUCAUGCGGAGAGCCACAACUCCUGGGAAUGUCCUGCAAAACAAUAAUCAGCUGUCAUCACUAAAGACACACACACAGACACACACACACACACACAACAGCAACAACGACAAAAAUCCCCUUAACUCUGCCGGGGACUUAAUUCCUUUCUCUUUUUUUUUAUUCCAAGAACAUUCCUGGAGGAACACAUUUAGCUUGGGCUGUUUGAAUGAGAAUGAGAGGGUGGAGGGCCGAAGGAGAUGCUGGCACGUUCUCAAGCCAUAGCAGCCGCAAAAAAAAAAAAAAAAAAACUGACAAGAAGAUCCACAAUCCUGUAGAACUUUUCAAGUUAACAUAGCAAAGCGUGGACUGUUGCAACGUGGAGCCGAGCGCAAUAAACUGAGCUGACUGACUUAAAGACACUUGUUUUGAUAUGAGAACCUUGGCAAUAUUCUAAGACAAAAAAAUCAUGCCUGUUCGUGAAAGAGUAUCAAAUGGUCUUGUACUGUUUUUUUUUUUUCUUUUUCCUUUCUUCUCACUUAUGUUUCCCUCCUUUAAAUCAUCAGGCGACCUGUUUUUGUACAGCCCCCCCCCGCGGUUUUAAAGUGUAAAUUUAGCUUAAGUGUGAUCUGUGGAGGUUUCUGUUUUUAGUAAUAUACACUGGAGCGAUGUCUGACUUUGUCUGUUCUCCCAUCAAAUGACAUACUUCUUCUGUAUAAGGGACAGGUGUCACCCUAAAGCUAUAACUGUGUUGUUUGUAUCCGAGCUCUGGGAAAGCCCUUUCUGGUGUCCCAAUGUUCAGUUUAUUUUAACAAGCUGUUCUUUGAAUUUGACCCAAAUGGGUUGGAAUUGGAUGGACUGGAGGAAGGGGGGAAAAAAAGAGAGAGAGAGAUAGAGCGAGACCGAGGCAGUGGCAGCAACCCCGUGUGGCUUUGGUGGAAACUGAAUUGCCUUAAAAACCUGCCACCUUAGCUCUGAGCAGGUCAUAAAGACAUCACCCAUGUUCCUUUUUCCUUACUCUAGCCAGUGUAUUAGCCUCAUCCCAAUAAUGUAAGUGAGUAAUACAUGAUGAUAACAAUAUUAGUAAUAAUCCCCAAACAUAAAAAGAUCCCAGAGGGUUUCAGCAAAUGUUUCUUUUUUUUUUUGUUUUUUAAAUCUAUUUACUGUUUUUGGAUCUGUUUUCUGUUCCUUAUUUAUGUCUCCAUGUUGAUUAUCCUCCAUGUCUGACGUCUGUAAACUACUGUCUGACUGUGCAGACCUCGUCAACGGGCAGUGCACCGAGUAAGAGCGGCAUGACCUGAACAUUACUAACUUUAUGACCUUUGUCUUGUGUUCCUACCACCAUGAAAUAAAAACGUCAACCAGA